AGGUUUGUUUGUCAAUAAACCCAUAGAAUUAAUUCACUGAAAAACGCGAGAAUAGUUUCUGAAAAUAAUACGCUAUAAUAUGUUGGAACCCGCCAAAGUGAUUCUAGAAAUUGAGAAAACCUGCAGAACUUGCCUGACCGAGAAAACAGCGGAAGAAUUAACUUCCAUAUGGAACAAUAAUGUAAAUUCAAGUAUUCGCGAUGUGUUCAGUAUUGAACUCAAGGCUAAUCCAAUCCUCCCCAGCCACAUAUGCGUCGAUUGCUUAAAAACCCUGAAUAUAGCAAGGGACUUUCAAAAGCGAGUCCGUGAUGCGGAAUUUCAACUAAAAAACCUAAUCGUUGAUGAGGAAUCCAACCAGGUCACCGUGGUUUAUAAUGCAAAUGCGGUCCCCGAAAGUUAUGUGGGCGCUUUAAAGAUCUAUAUUAAACCACCGCAAUCUUCUGAAAGAAUUCUAAUUGUGGAAAAUCUUAACAUCGAUGUGCAGAACCCUAAACACGAGGCCUUAAAAAGUGGAUCAAGCGCGCUAUUUGAACACUCAGAAGAAAUUUGCGAGGUACAAACUGAAGAUGCCACUGGAAACAGCAAAGAAGCUGACAAUAAAUGGAAGAGCACGACUUUGUCUUUGACCGACAACCCAAUAGAAGCUACCCAUGGAGGAAACUCUAGAAACACAGAUAUGAAAAUUGUCCAGCCAUUGAAAGACGCAAACUUCAGCUGCGAUUUGUGUUCGAAAACAUUCAGGUUUGAGUUCACCUACAAGCAGCAUCUUCUAAAGCAUGGAAGCCGCAUGGAAUGUGAAUCAUGCCUGUCGCAAUUCGAUGAUGCUACGGCCUAUCUUUUCCACGUGAAACGAAACCAUCCAGGGUUGAAGCCAUUUGGGUGCCCCAGUUGCCCCGAACGGUUUUUCACACUGACCCCAUUGAAAGUGCACUUUAAUCACCACUCCUCUCAGAAACAACUCAAAUGUGAUUUAUGUGGCAGGAGUUUUUUAAAGCAAAGCUCGCUGAUGGCGCACCAGAAAAAGCACACCGACCCGGAGUCGUUCAAGUGCAGGGAGUGCAAUAAAAAACUCUCGAACCAACACAGCCUCCUAAAUCACCUGAAAAUACACCAGGGGGACAAAAGACAUAAGUGUGAAACGUGUGGGGCGACUUUUAUUCAUCGUUUCAGCCUGCGGACGCACUAUCGAACGCAUACAGGCGAAAAACCAUUUCAAUGCAAACUGUGCAGCAACAGAUUCAAAACCUCAUCGUACUUGAAGAUUCAUAUGAGGACUCACACGGCUGAAAAACCAUACCAGUGCACCAUCUGCCCAAAGAGUUUUGUGUGCAAAAGUGCACUGGCCGCUCACGAAAAAGCCCACACGGGGGAGAAGAAGUUUCAGUGCGAUAUUUGCGGCUGGCGCUCAGGAAGAUCGUCGGAUUUACAGAUCCAUUUGAGGAAGCACUCUGGAGAAAAACCCUACAAGUGCGAGCUGUGUAACAAACGCUACAAGACAACAAGCCACUUGGCCGCCCAUCGCAAGACGCAUUCGGGGCUGAAAGAACACGUUUGCGGUAUUUGCAGGAAAGCCUUUGGAGACCCUCGCACGUUGAAGAGCCACAUUCGGGUCCAUACAGGAGAGACGCCCUAUAUGUGCCACGAGUGCGGCCGCCGAUUUAAACAAUCGGGCCAGCUGUCCAGCCAUCGCAAAAUACACCAAAAUCGAGCCGCUAUCAAACAAAGCAUUAUUUAAAAUCGAAACGGAACGAAGGAGAUUUGUGGAUAGUCCAGAUUCUAUGUAAAUACAGUGGAACUAGAUUAUGGUGUUAUUAAUUGAAACACAGCGGUGUGAAUCACAUUCUUUAAUCGAAGUGUAAAUUGAGCAGCCUGCUUAAAAAUCAGAGAAUAUUGUCCAUUGACUAAAAUACGCUCACCUAAGAACACAUUAGCCUACCUUAUAAUAAAUAAAAUUAGCGCUAUUUUACGAGCUGUUGAUCAGCUGUCUACCUGGAAUUUAAUUAAUGCAUUAUCAAGUUUGUUGAAAACGCGAUUAACGACCGCAUAAGUUCUAUAGUAAUUAAUUGACUUUGUCAUGAAUAAAACCCAUUUUAGUCCCAUCAUAACUAAUACUAAGAACGCCGUUUGUACACCAUAUGCAGAAAAACAUGUAAACAGACUUAAAUCAUCAGGUCACAACCUUUAAAUUGAUUUUUUUAGAUCUCAAGACUCAACAAGUGAAAGUAAAAUUCGAAGUUGUUCGCUUUUUAAAUUACCAAGAUUGUCUAAUCUUUGGUCUUAUCAAAGGUACAUGUGAGGCAAGUCUGACACGAGUUAAUUAAACUAUAAAAUCAUUAUGACUAGUUUUAUAUUCGAUUGUUUCGCUUAAAUAAAGUAUAUUUAUUGCACUAGAA